AUGCGCAAUCUGAGGAAUAUACACCUUAACGAGGUCCUGCUGGGGAGUGGGCUGCCUCUGACUGCGACAGCUUGGGAUUCUGCGACAGAUUCUAUUAUUUGCGCAUUUGGUCCGUCGGAGACGACCGCGAUCAUUGAACUGAAAAGGAAAUCACAGGGUUCAGUGCUGAACGACCUCGACUUGAUCGCGUCCUGGGAUGCCCCAUCACCAAUACCGGACUUGCAACAGGACCGGAUAGUAUCACUACAACACUUUGCGGACACACUGAUCACCUGCCUUGUACUGGAAGGGGGAGAUAUUAUAGUUGUGCGCGAAGAUCCUCAGCCAGGUGAAGAUAAGAUUGAAAUCGUGGGUUCGGUUGACGUAAGGAUUACAGCGGCUACAUGGUCUUUGGAUGAAGAGUUACUUACUAUCACCACCAAGUCCGACACACUGCUCUAUAUGACAAGGGAUUUCGAGAAUGUGGCCAAUAUUGCAUUUACCAGUGAUGAUCUCAAGAUCUCCAGACACGUCUCUGUUGGCUGGGGAAAGAAGGAGACUCAGUUCCAAGGGAAGAGAGCAAAAGCUCUGCGGGACCCGACAAUGCCGGAGAAGGUUGACGAGGGAAGAUUGAGCGAUAUGGAUGAUAAAAGGGUUUCUAUCAGCUGGAGGGGCGAUGGGGCGUUUGUUGCUGUUAGUAGCAUUCAGUCAGAUGCCCGCCGUGUGAUCAGGGUGUACUCGCGAGAUGGCGUUUUGGAUAGCGUGAGUGAGCCAGUAGAUGGACUAGAAGGUGCGCUAAGUUGGCGACCAGCUGGGAAUUUGAUCGCAGGCAUACAGCGUAUGGAAGACAGAGUGGAUGUUGUGUUUUUCGAAAGAAAUGGACUUCGACAUGGGGAAUUCAAGCUUCGUCUAACCCAGGAGGAUAUGCGCACCUGGGCAUCAACAAUCAGUUUGGCAUGGAAUGUUGACUCAACCGUCCUUGCUGUCCAGUUCAAGGAUAGAGUGCAGCUGUGGACGAUGGGAAAUUAUCAUUAUUAUUUGAAGCAGGAAAUCCCUAUCUCUGUGGAAAUGGGUUCUGGAAGCGGGCUCCUUUGUUUCCGCUGGCAUCAAGAAAAAGCACUGCGUUUUGUUAUUGGAUCUUCUGAUAAGUUAUUCGACAUUGAAUAUGUCUUUGAUGUGGCUAGAGGCUCCACCAUAGUCCCGAAUGAUUUGGGAGCGGCGGCUGUGAUUGAUGGCAGAUCGUUAAAAUUAACGCCCCUAAAACUGUCCAACGUCCCUCCCCCAAUGGCUGCAUGUGAUAUUCCUCUAGAGUCUAAUGCUGUAGAUAUCGCGUUCAGUAAAUCCAGCGCCCAGUUUGCUGUUCUGACGAUGGGCGGGAUAUACUUAUACAAUUGGGAUAUCAAAGCCGUCCCUUUAGCAGAUCCUGAAUUUCAAGCAUUUUGCCCGAUCUUGACUUCAUCGUCGAGACCUAGACGGAUUGCCUUCUUGGAAGAAAAUGAGGUCUACGUUCUGACCCAACAUGGGUGUUCACAGGGAAACAUAGAAAGGACCGAUAUCGACUCAAAGAAGACAACGACCAUAUAUCAAUCAAACAAUUCUAGCAUCCUUUCCUCGAUAUUCCCAAAUAUCCAGCAAAAUUCGCUGUGGAUUUGCCAGAGAGGGCAGAAUAGCAAAGCAGGCUCAUAUAUCAAGCUUUCCUCUGGCGGGGCCAAUGGACCUUUGACUGAAAUUCCGCACGAAAGUCCAGGCCAGGACACAUGUUGGGCUAAUGCAACUGAACUUCCAGAUGGAGAAGGAAUCCUGUUUUCUCUUUCUAAGUCUGGAGCACUGUAUGCGAAUAAACGACUCAUCGCAAAGAGCUGCACUUCCUUCAUAAUUACAGGCGCUCAUCUUAUUUUCACGACAACCCAACACCUACUGAAAUUUGUUCAUAUCACCAAAGUAGAUGAUCUUGAUAUUCCUGGCGACACUCCCGAGACUGAUGAGAGAUGUCGAAGUAUCGAGCGAGGGGCUCGCAUAAUUUCUGUCAUGCCGUCGAUAUUCGCCAUUACACUGCAAAUGCCACGAGGUAAUACGGAGACUAUUUACCCUCGCGCUCUUGUUCUUGCCGGAAUUCGCAAGUAUGUCGACAACAAAAAGUAUCGCGCGGCAUACCUUGCAUGCAGGAGCCAUAUGGUGGAUAUGAAUAUUCUACAUGAUCAUUUUCCGUCGCAGUUUAUGGCCAAUGUUUCGUUGUUCAUCGACCAGGUGAAAAAGGUCGAAUAUAUUGACGAAUUCCUGUCUCGAUUAAGGAACGAAGAUGUUUCUGAAACGUUAUACAAAAAUACCCUUAAAAUAGCUGUACCUGAUGUAGCUGUCUCUGAUGCACCCAAAAGUGUGGCGCCCGGGGAUGCGAACAAAACAGCGCCCAAGGAUAACAAGGUAAAUCGAAUUUGUGACGCAUUCUUAUCCGUGCUUGCCAGCCGAAUCGACACCAACCUCCGAAAUCUCGUUACAGCCCACGUGUGCAAAUCGCCCCCUGACCUAGAUUCUGGGCUUCAACUGGUCGCGAAACUACGGGAAAAAAGCACUGAACAAGCAGAGGAAGCUGUUGAGCAUAUGUGUUUUCUUACCGAUGCAUAUAGACUCUAUGACCAUGCUCUAGGGUUAUAUGACCUAGAACUUACGUUGAUGGUUGCCCAGCAAGCCCAGAAAGAUCCUCGAGAGUAUCUCCCAUUUCUUCAAAAGCUUCAGGCUAUGCCGACGCUUCGCCGUCAAUAUGAAAUCGACAACCAUCUAGGACGAGUGCGAAAAGCACUCAGAAGCUUACAUACUCUUCAAGCCUAUGAAGAGCUCAAGCUCUACGCCAUCAAACAUACAUUAUACAGUGAUGCCUUGGAACUAUACAAAUACCAGCCUGAGCUUCUUCGCGAUAUGUCGCACUUAUACGCCGACUAUCUAUACGAUCAAUCCAAUUACAAAGAAGCUGCCAUCAUCUAUGAAUCCCUCUCCCUUUACGAGCCUGCCUACCAAUCCUACAAGCUCGCCCACCAAUGGCGUGAAUGUAUUUACUGUGCUAGCCUGGUUCCCCUCUCGAAAGACCAAAUGAAUUCCCUGACCCGCUCCCUCGCCACAACUCUAACAGACGAAACAAAGGACUACAUAUCCGCUGCUCACAUCCACGCUCAACAUCUCCAAGACAUCCCAACCGCCGCACGCCUACUCUGUUACGGCAACCAAUUUGGAGACGCAUGCCGUCUCCUCGUCCUUCACGGCAAACAGUCACUCGUCAGCGACAUCGUGGAUUCAGCCCUGGGGGACGCAAUGGGCAGUACGAUCGAUCUGCUCGCCGACUGCAAGGCCCAGCUCAAUACACAGGUGCCAAGAAUCCGGGAACUGCGAGUCCGCCGCGCCAACGACCCUUUGGGAUUCUAUGGUGGUGACCCGACUACUGGAAUGGCUGAAGGUGAUGCGGAUAUUCCCGAUAAUGUAUCGCUAGCGCCGACCGACGCAAGCACAAUGGCAGGUCAGAGUAUGUUCACACGGUAUACAGGAAACACAUCCUCGUCGCGGAAAACGAGCAAGACGAGGCGGCGCGAGGAACGCAAACGCGCACGUGGGAAGAAAGGGACUGUAUAUGAAGAGGAGUAUUUGGUAAAUAGUGUACGACGGCUUAUCGAGAGGGUCAAUGGUGCAAUUGAUGAGGGGGAGACGCUCAUUCAAGCACUGCUAAGGAGGGGAAUGCGGGAGCGGGCGGCGUUAGUGCAACAUCAUCUAGAUGAAGUUUUGGGAAUGUGUAGGGAUUGCUUGGACGAUGUGUUUGAAGUGACCAAGGAGAAGGGCGUUGGCGUUAGUGGCACCGACGUUGAAGGAAGUAUCGGUGACGAUGGUGGUCUAGGAGGGGAGCGGCCACCUGGUGGUGAAGGGGUGUUUUGGGAUAGCUUGCAACAGAGCCUAAGGGGGAAGGGAAGGGAGCCUCCUGUCAUCAAGGAGUUUAGAAAAUUAGUUAUUCUUGGUGGAUGA